CUAAUCUUAUACCUGUGGGAGUCUGCAUUCAGAGAACUUUGGCCCUCGCGUCUUGAUCAAACAUCUAUUCUAAUGUUCAAGUCAUUCGCCCCAGUCCUGUCCAGAUGACAUCGACUCUCUCGUUCGACACUUCCACUUUGAAACUCUUAUGGUCGUGCUUAGCAGGAUGGACUGUGUUUUGCAGUCACAUUGAUAAACACCAACGUAUGUGUAUUAUCCAAGCUGUUCAACGAACUAACUGUUGCAUACGGAGUCAAAAAGAUUACAAGUUCACUGCCAGGAUACGAGCAUUCAAACACAUACUACCAUAUGGCUUCGACCGGCAUCUACACCUUAGAGUGCCAAGAUCACUGUUUCGACCCAAAAGGCGGGUCGGUUCGACAUCCGGAGUGGAUUGCUAUCUACGAUGGCGAUCCAAGCGACGUAUUGGAGGACGAGGAACUCAUGAGCAAACAUGCCUAUAGAUUCCUGUAUCCUUAGUGGGAGUCUCGAACAAUCAGCUGUCUGGAUCCAAUUUUCGAUAGUCAGCAUCCACGAGAUUGGUGUUCGCGUUUGAGGAUAUCCCGUCUAGUGGUCUCUA